GCUCUGCUCUUCCGUGCUCAUCUUUCAUCUGGUUCGCAAACGUUAUCCUGGUGCUGGAGACAGAAACGGCUCGGAGGAGAGGAUGGUGCCCAAGGAGCCCGGCUCCUGUCUGCCCGCAGCCCCUGUUCCCUUCUUGGACUUGCCUCUCGCGCAGCUGCUGCACUCGGGCCCUGGCUGCUUGGGUUACAAGUGUAAAGAGCUGCUGAGGCUCCCUCUGGCCGGGCAGGGAGCAAGGACCGGAGCCCCGCCCAAGGCCAUGUCCUGUCGGGUGGGGGGGUCUGGCCCUGCUCCCCUCCCCGCAGGGCGGUCCAGGGGGCGGCCCCCACGGGCGCAAGGAUAAAGCAGCUGCUGCAGCCAGGCACAGGGUAGCGCAGGGCACGCUCCGGCCAUGGGAGGCAAGAAGGUCUGCAUUGUCGGCUCCGGCAACUGGGGCUCUGCCAUCGCCAAGAUUGUGGGUGGCAACGCAGCACGGCUGCAGCGCUUCGAGCCGGCCGUGAGCCUCUGGGUCUUCGACGAGGACGUGGGUGGCACGCGGCUCAGCGACAUCAUCAACACCCGGCACGAAAACGUCAAGUACCUGCCGGGCCACCGCCUGCCCGACAACGUCGUGGCUGUGCCUGACCUGGUGCAGGCGGCGGCAGGGGCUGACGUGCUGAUCUUCGUGGUGCCACACCAGUUCGUGGGCGGCAUCUGCGAGCAACUCCGUGAGCACGUGCGCAAGGAUGCCAUCGGCGUGUCGCUCAUCAAGGGUGUGGACGAAGGCCCCGACGGGCUGAAGCUGAUCUCGGAUAUCAUUCGCGAGCGCCUAGGCAUUGAGAUGAGCGUCCUGAUGGGGGCCAACAUCGCCAACGAGGUGGCGGAGGAGAAGUUCUGCGAGACGACCAUCGGCUCCAAGAACCCAGAGCACGGGCAGAUCCUGAAAGAGCUGCUGCAGACGCCCAACUUCCGGAUCACUGUGGUGCAGGACGCUGACACCGUGGAGAUCUGCGGGGCCCUCAAGAACGUCGUUGCCGUGGGGGCUGGCUUCUGCGACGGCUUGGGCUUCGGGGACAACACCAAGGCGGCCGUGAUCCGCCUGGGGCUGAUGGAGAUGAUCGCCUUCGCCAAGCUCUUCUGCAAGGGCCCCGUCACCUCCGCCACCUUCCUGGAGAGCUGCGGCAUCGCCGACCUCAUCACCACCUGCUACGGCGGCCGGAACCGCAAGGUGGCCGAGGCCUUCGCCAAGACUGGGAAGUCCAUCGAGCAGCUGGAGAAGGAGAUGCUGAACGGGCAGAAGCUGCAGGGCCCGCAGACGGCCGCGGAGCUGCACCACAUCCUCAAGCCCAAGAACCUGGUGGAGAAGUUCCCCCUCUUCACCGCCGUCUAUCAGAUCUGCUACAAGGGCAGACCCGUGGCAGAGUUCAUCACGUGCCUCCAGAGCCACCCCGAGCACAUCUAGCGGGCCCGGGCCCUCGGCCAAGCCGCUGACCCUGCUGCGCCCCCCGCUCCCUGCCUGCUGCUUCUGCCGCCCGUGCCCUCGCGUGCGGGGCGACGCCAGGGCCUUCGCGCACCGCCGACGGCACCAGGGGAAGGAGAUUCCCGCGCAGCCCUGGGCCUGCAGAGGGACCGGCGCAGCCCCCCAGGGCCGUGGGGAUCUGCUCUGUGUCCAGCACGGGCGCCGCUCUGGGCAUCGGCGCGGCCCGGGGCCUGUCUUGCUGCUGCGCCGGCUGCUUCCUCCGCCUUCCCCUUCGCCCGGGCGUGGAGCUGGGCACGGGCCCCUGCUCCAUCUCGUCUGCAUUGAGCCGCGGGCCCGGGAGUCCCCGAGUCUCGCCCGGUGCCAGACCACCCCCCCUCCCCUUGCCUGCACCCAGCCAGGCCCUGGAAGCGAGCGGCGCCGCUGCUUUGGCCUUUUGCUGCCGCAGCUGUCUGCCCGGCCGGGCCCCGCGCGCCCUGCCCCCACCCCGGCGGCGGGCCCUGCGCCCCCAGCCCCGCGGUGCUCCGGCGCUGCCAGGCGGACAGCU